AUGGCAGCAAAUAAAUUAAAAGUGGUAUUAUUCCUGGGAUCUGUUCGAGAAGGUAGACUCGGAUUACGAGUAGCAAAUUUCAUGAAGAAGAAAUUAGAAGAAACAAACCAUAAUGUUACAUUAUUUGAUCCGAAAGAAAUGAAGUUUCCGCUUUUGGAGAAGCCGGUAUUUUUCUACCAGGACAAGUCUCAGCUUCCUGAAUGGAUGAAAAUAGCAGAACAACAGGUGAAAGACGCAGAUGCUUUUGUCGUGGUUUCCGCUGAAUAUAACCACAGUAUUCCACCUGCUCUAUCGAAUAUGAUGGAUUAUUUUGGCGCGAGUUGCUAUGGUUACAAACCCAGCGGUAUCGUCUGCUAUUCAGCAGGUAUAUUUGGUGGAAUGAGAGCUGCCAUGCAUCUUCGAUGUAUGCUCGGAGAAUUAGGAUGUUUAAGUGUGUCUAAUAUUUUUGGAAUUCCACAAGUUCAGAAAGCCUUAGAUGAGGCUGGAAAACCUUUAGACCCACAUAUGGACUCUGGUGCCUUGAAACUUAUUACUCAGUUGGACUGGCAUGCUCAUGCUAUGAGAAACCACAGGAACAGUGUAGGACUUCCAAAAUAA